AUGUAUUUUUUCACCACGGUGGUUAUUGCUAGUCUCAUUGCUAGUCUCAUUGCUCAGACUGUGGGGCAUAGUAUUUUUACACGCGAGCCCCGCUUCCAGACCGUCGUCUACUGGGGACAAAACGGCGGUGGAACUGUCGAAAGUGAUGAUCUGUCCAUGUACUGUACGUCGGACUCAAAAAUCGAUAUUAUUGUGUUGGCCUUUUUAUAUACUUAUGGGAAUGGUCUUCGAAUUGCGUCCGGGACCAUAGGGCAAUCGUGUGUUAUCACACAAUCUGGGGAGCCUCAGAACUGUGAUUCUCUGGCUGCCGCAAUUAAGAAGUGCCAGUCCAAUGGUGUCAAGGUGAUGCUGUCACUGGGCGGUGCCGCUGGAGCAUAUUCAUUGAUGUCUCGAGAUGAGGCUGAAACAAUUGGUCAAAAUUUGUGGGACGCGUAUGGCAAUUCGAAGAAUGGCCGUGUUCCCCGUCCUUUUGGAGAUGUUUUUGUAAAUGGCUGGGACUUUGAUAUUGAGAGCUAUGCUGGGACCCAGUACUAUCCGUAUCUAAUCAAAAAGUUACGCUCCAAUUUUGCCUCAGAUAGCUUUAACAACUACUACAUAACGGGAGCGCCACAAUGCCCCAUCCCCGAGCCCUAUAUGCAAGAGAUCUUUACCGAGGCCAAGUUUUCCAGUUUAUGGGUUCAGUUCUACAAUAAUCCCGGCUGUUCCGUCAAUUCUGAGAUCAACUACAAUGGAUGGGUCCGCAAUAUUGCUAACACAUCCUCUGCAGAUGCUAGAAUUUUUAUUGGCGUUCCUGCAUCCCCGCUUGCAGCCACUGGCAGCUCUCAAGGCUCUGCAUACUACCUUGAACCCAAUGCCCUUGCGUCGCUUGUAGCGCGAUACAAAAAUGACGGUAACUUUGGAGGCAUUAUGACCUGGUCUGCUGGCUUCUCCGAUGCAAACAAAGUAAACGGGCAUACCUACGUUCAGCAUGUUAAGUGUAUCCUGGAACAGGGCCAGCCUUGCUUACCCCAAUAA